CUCCCCUACAAGACGCAACUGAAAUUCAACAAUACACAGAAGGCUGUUACUACAAUUACAAUCACUACAAUGAAGGCGAUAGAAUAUUAACGAACGAGCCCUGCCUGAAUUGUACCUGCCACAAUAAGAUGCUGAUGUGUUAUCUGCGUGUUUGCCCAUUUACGAAACCAAUUGGACACGAUUGCAUCGUUGAAAAGCGUGAGGAUCAAUGCUGUCCAAUUAUCACAUGCCCCGAGGUUCCUGUCGAUGUUGCGCAUCAUGUAUCUGAGCCCGGCACAGAGCUAAGCAUACCCGAGAAAUAUGGCUGCAGCAUCGAUAGCAAAUUCUACCCCGAAGGCGCACAAGUACCAUCAAAUCCUAAUAAACCAUGCGAGCUGUGUUAUUGCAUUAAGAAUCGCACGUCAUGUCUAAUGCAGGAAUGUACAUUGCACAUUGAUGGUUGCACACCGAUCUACAAUAAGGGAUCUUGCUGUCCAGUGCGUUACAAUUGCGAUCACGAGAAUGACGUUUUGGAGCUGGAGGAUCACUCGUCCACCACAUCGACCACAACCACAGAGCGCCCAACGCCGGGCUUCAUUCUCACUACCACCAUGACACCAUCGGUCUCCGCAGACUGUGUGCACAAUGGCGAUGUUUACGCCGAUGGCGCCUCCAUUACUGGCAAGAGUGCCUGCGAACACUGCUACUGCAUGCGUGGAGAUAUUGUUUGUGCCGUUCAAGAAUGCGACAUGCCAAUGCUAUCUAGCAAUGGUAAGAGCUGUCAUGCACUGCCGCCAGCAGAGGGUGAAUGCUGUCCCAGCAAUUAUGUCUGUGAGGACGAUUCAGCCACUACAGAAAUCAUUGAGGUGACAACUCCGCCGUAUGCGAAGGAAAAAGAAGCGGUUACUGCGUCCGCGGACAAGGAUCUGCACGGUGCCAUACCAGAGGAAGAUAUUCAACUACAAACACACAUUGACGAAGAUGAGGAGAAACCUGCCGGUCAAGUUACUACUGCACCUCCGGAUCUGGCAAUUGAUGUCACUGGAGCAGCAGUGACUGCCGCUGAAACACAAGAAGCUGAAAGCGAAAGUUCGACCGAGAGCGCUACAACAGUUAAAUCUGAAGUUUCAUCUGAAACAACCGAGAAGCAGAAGGAAAAAGAAGAGCCAACAAGUACCGACGCAUUUGAGCCUAUUUCAGAAGCCACAGCAGAACCUGAGGGUACUAAACGUAUUAGCACUGACAUUGACGAUCAUGCGGAGACUACAGCUAAACUUGCUGCCGCAGAAGAAGUGACCACUUCCGAGCCCAGCAGCGAAGAAACGGAAGCUACCACAGUACCGGCUAUUAAGGAAGUGGAAGAGAAACCCGCAGUCGAAUUCGACGAAAGAAUUGAUACUGAAGCUUCUAGACCCAGCAGCGAAGAACCGGAGGCUACGACAGUGUCUGCUAUUAGUGGAGAUAAACAUAAACCUGCAAUUGAAUUCGACGACAGAAUUGAUGCUGAAACUUCCAGACCCACCAUCGAAGAGGCGGAAACCACCACAGUGCCGGCUAUUAGAGGAGAGGGCCAGAAACCUGCAGUUGACUUCGGCGAAAGAAUUGAUGCUGAAACUUCCAGACCCAGUAGCGAAGAACCGGAUGCUACCACAGUGCCGACUAUUAGAGCAGAAGGGCAGACACCUGCAGUUGAGUACGGCGAAAGAAUUGAUGCUGAAACUUCUAAACCCAGCAGCGAGGAAAUGGAGGCUACUACAGUGCCCGCUAUUAGAGGAGAGGAACAAAAACCAGGAGCCGAAAUCGACGAAGGAAUUGAUGCCGGAACUUCUAAGCCCAGCGGCGAAGAAGCAGAAGCUACUCCACCUCCAGAAGUGUCUGUGGUUCCAACCACUGUACCUUCACCAACAAAAUCAGAUAAGGAAACUAGUCACGAAACCAGUGCUGAGGUUCCUGAGGGAGAGAGAUCUACAGAGUCCUCUGAAGGGGCCGCAACGGAUCACGAAAAACCUACCACAACUGUGCGACCAACCGUCGAAAAGGAAAGCUCAGAAGAAUCGACAGAGUCAGAGGAUAUUGAUGUUACUACAAAGAAACCAACUGCAAUUGUGUCCGAGGAAGCUUCAGAGCAACAAGCAAGCACUGAAAUCAGCUCAGAGCAAGGUAGCGGCGAAGAAUCAACCGAAUCGGCAGAAGCUGAAUUAUCAACGGAAAAAUCAACGGAAGCCUCCAGCACCGAAGAGGAAGUGCCAGAUAUGCAACUGCCUUCUGUUAUUCCCGGGGAAGGAGACUGUUUGGUCGGCCAUAGAACAUACGAAAAUAAUACUAGCAUUCCGACAGCAGAUGAAUGUGAUAUCUCUUGCAAGUGCAUUAGCAGCAUCGUGGUCUGUAAUAAAAUUGAGUGCGAUGUGCCGAAAGACAUUAGCAAGUGCAUUAUCGAUCAAGCGAGCACGGACAAAUGCUGUCCCUCAUUUAUCUGUGAACCACAUGGCAUUGAAACCACAGCGGCACCUAUUGCACCGGAAGACGACCAACCAACAAUUGCUCCCUUCUCAGAUAUUGACAUACCUGUUGUUCCUACUGAGCAGCCAAUGUCACAUGUCAAGGAAGAAGACGUGACAGGAAUUGUGGAGAGUACGGCAACACCAAAGAUUGAUCAAUCCGACUUGAUUACUGAAGAUAAUGAACAAAUUGAGAAGGCCACCGCUGCGCCAAGUGCGCAAGCAGUGCCAGAACAGGCCAGCGACAAAGUGGCAGUUUCACCCGCAGCAUCAGUUGACGAAGCUGAAACGGAGAAAGCUACAGUUUCUCCAGCAAAGGGAGCUGAACAAGCUGGAACCACUACAGCUGCACCAUCCAUCGAGGAAGCUGAAAAGAUCACAACUACACCUGUGCUUGAAGGUGAAAUAUCAGAGGAAAAAUCUACUGCUACCCCGGAAAUUGCAGAAACUGAAAAGGCCACAAUUGCGCCGAGCAUUGAGCAGGAAGAAAAGGUGCCAGAAGAGGAGUCUGCAGUUUCAGAAGAAAUUGAAAAAGCAACUGCUGCUCCUGAUCUUGGUGAUGUUGAAGCAGUUACUUCAGCUGCAGAAGAAGUGGAGAAGUCUACCUCUGCUCCUGCUUAUGAUGAUAGCCAAAAGGCUGACGAGCACGCAGGCGUACCCACCACUCUUAAUCCGGAUCUGGAAGAUGUUGAAAAAGUCACUUCUGCUACCACUGCUGGCGAACCAGAGCUUGAUGAAGGAAAAGAAAAGGUCACAGUUGCACCAGAAACUACUGAGGGUGAGAAGGCUGCCACGGCCGAAGAAAUUGAAACAGAGAAAGCAACUGCUGGCCCAAGCAUCGAAGAAAUUGAAAAGCCUACACCUGCUUCUAGCUCAGACGUUGAGAAAGGUACAGCUUCUCCGGACACUGAAGAAAGCGGGAACAUCACCGCAGUGCCUGAUGCCGAACAACCUGUACAAUCUACUACCGCUUCUGUUGCUGAGGCUGUCGAAAAAUAUACUACCGAAAGUGCCGUGGAAGCCGAAAAGUCAACUUCUGCUCCUCUCAGCGCAGAAAGCGAGAGCACUACUGUUGUACCUGUUGUGAAGGAAGACAAAGAUGAAGAAGUAGGCGAGAAGUCCACUACUGCUCCAGGCAUUGAUGAAAUUGAAGAAGCUACUGCAGAGCCAGAAAUCCAUGAAGGAGAGAAAGUCACUCUUGCUCCAGCUGUCGGAGAAACUGAGCAGCCAACAGCCGCCCCUGGCAUCGAAGACGCUGAGAAGUCUACUGCUGCUCCUAGCGGUGAAAAAGUUGAAAAGCCCACCGCAGCCCCAGUCCUCGAAGAAAUUGAAAAGGUUACUGCUGCUCCUGACGGUGAUGUUGCCAAAGAAAGCGAGAUAGCCACGGCCGCACCAGGUGUCGAAGAGGAAGAGAAACCAGCUAAGCCUGAUGAAGAACAAGUAGCUGAAGUCACUACUGCUCCAGUUGACUCGGAAAUUGAGAAAAGUACUCCUGCUAUCAGUGAUGAAGGAAUUGAAAAGGUUACUGCCGCUCCUGCUGCCGAGGAACACAAAGAGGCUACUGCUCGUCCCGACAUCAAGGACAUUGAGAAGACAACUCUUGCUCCAGUUGCUGAAGGCAGUGAAAGGACUACACUUUCUCCGAUUGUUGUGGGUGCCCCUGGUGCUACAGAGAGUGCCCUUGAAGUUGAACAAAGUACUGAUGAAGAGGGCAUCGCAUUAUUCACUGGAAUUCCACGACUUGAUUUGGAAGAUGCUGUGCAUGAAGGAACAGCUGCUCCUGGGACAGAAGGAGACAUCGAAAAGGCCUCACCUGCACCUGAAAAGGUCGCUGGAGAGGAGGAAUUCACUCUCAAACCCGAUCUUGAAAGUGAAAAGGAAACGGAGGAGUCUACCACGGCUCCUAUUUCUGGGGAUAGUGAAAAGUCUACUGCUGCUCCUGCCAUUGACGCACUUGCGGGAGUCACCGCAGGUACUGAAAGCGAAGAGGGCGAAGGUAGCGGAGAGGCUGCAACUGUUGCAACUGGCGAAGAAGAUGGCACCGCUAAAAAAGAAGAAAAGGUUACAGUUGCACCAGAAGUGGAAGGUGAAGAGCCGGAGAGAGGUACUACUGCAACAAGUGCAGCCACAGUUGAAGACAUUGCAAAUAUUACGGCUGCGCCAGGAACCGAAGCCGAUAUCGAAGAGUCUACAUCUGUUUCGGAAGCUAUUGAAAAGACCACCCUUAGAUCUGAUAUUGAAGACGUUAAAGAGGCUACUGCUGCCCCUGAUGUUGAAAAUAUUGAAAAGGCUACUGCUAGUCCUAAAGGCGAGCAAGAUGAAGGCGCCCCUGGAAUCAAAGAAGAAGCAGAAGGUAUUGAGAAAUUCACCGCUGCUCCUGAAGUUGCGGAGAGUGAAGGCCCGGAGAAAGCCUCCACCGUUCCUGGAACUGAAGAUACCGAAAAGGCUACUGCUCCUCCUGGUGCUGGAGAUAUUGAAAAAGCCACUUCUGUUCCUGAAGUCGAAGAAAACGAAGGCGUUGAGAAAGCCACCUCCACUCCUGGAGUCGAAGAUAUUAAAAGUGCUACUGCCGCCCCUGGUGCAGAAGCAAUUGAAAAGGAGACUGUUGCUCCUGAAUUGGAAGAAAGCGUCGAGAAACCCACCACCGCCCCUGGAAUCGAUGAUACCGAAAGCGCUACUGCUGCUCCUGGUACAGGAGAAAUUGAAAAAGCUACUGCUGCUCCUGAAAUCGAAGAAGGUGAAGGCGUCGAGAAAACUACUUUCUCUUCAGCAAAAGAUGAUGUUAAAAAAUCCAUUCUUGCUCCUGAAGUCGAAGAAGUAGAAAGUGUACCUGGUACCGAAGAUGUCGAAAGAACUACUGUCGCUCCUGGUGCAGGAGAAAUCGAAAAGGCUACUGCUUCUCCUGAAUUCGAAGAAGGUGUCGAGAAAGCCACAUCUGCCCCUGCAAUCGAAGAUGUCGAAAAAGCUACUGCUGCUCCUGAAUUGGAAGAUGGCGUCGAGAAAUCCACAUCCGCCCCUAGAGUCGAAGAUGUCGAAAAAGCUACUGCUGCUCCUGAAUUGGAAGAAGGCGUUGAGAAAACCACCUCCGCCCCUGGAAUCGAAGUUACCGAAAGCGCUACUGCUGGUUCUGGUGCAGGAGAAAUGGAAAAGACUACUGGAGCUCCUGACGUCGAAGAAGGUGAAGGCGUCGAGAGAACUACUUCCGCUCCAGCAAUCGAAGAUGUUAAAAAAUCCACUCUUGCCCCUGAAGUCGAAGAAGGAGAAGGUGUACCUGGUACCGAAGACGUCGAAAGAGGUACUGCCGCUCCUGAUGCAGGAGAAUUCGGAAAAGCUAGUGCUGUUCCUGAAUUGGAAGCUGGCGUCGAGAAAGGCACAUCUGGCCCUGGAGACGCAGGUAUUGAAAAGGCUACUACUGCUGCUCCUAAAUUGGAAGAAGGCACCGAGAAACCCACUUCCGCGUCUGGAAUCGAAGAUGUCGAAAAAGCUACUGCUCCUCCUGAAUUGGAAGAGGGCAUCGAGAAAUCCACAUCCGCCCCUGAAAUCGAAGGUGUCGAAAAAGCUACUUCUGCUCCUGAAUUGGAAGAAGGCUUGGAGAAACCCACAUCCGCCCCUGGAAUCGAAAAAGCUACUGCUGCUCCUGGAGAAUUUGGAAAAGCUACUGCUGUUACUGAGUUGGAAGGUGGCAUCGAGAAAGUCACGUCUGCCCCUGGAGAUGAGGAUAUUGAAAAGGCUACUACUGCUGCACCUGAAUUGGAAGAAGGCGCCGAGAAACCCACUUCCCCGGCUGGAAUCAAAGAUAUCGAAAAAGCUACUGCUGCUCCUGAAUUGGAAGAAGGCAUCGAGAAAGCUACAUCCGCCCCUGAAAUCGAAGGUAUCGAAAAAGCUACUUCUGCUCCUGAAUUGGAAGAAGGCGCCGAGAAACCCACAUCCGCCCCUGGAAUCGAAAAAGCUACUGCUGUUCCUGAAUUGGAAGGUGGCAUUGAGGAGGGCACAUCUGCCCCUGGAGAUGAGGAUAUUGAAAAGGCUACUACUGCUGCACCUGAAUUGGAAGAAGGCGCCGAGAAACCCACUUCCCCGUCUGGAAUCGAAGAUGUCGAAAAAGCUACUGCUCCUCCUGAAUUGGAAGAAGGCAUCCAGAAAUCUACAUCCGCCCCUAGAAUCGAAGAUGUCGAAAAAGCUACUGCUGCUCCUGAAUUGGAAGAAGGCGUCGAGAAACCCACCUCCGCCCCUGGAGUGGAAGAUACCGAAAAAGCUACUUCUGCCCCCGAAUUGGAAGAAGGCAUCGAGAAAGCCACAUCUGCCCCUGAAAUCGAAGGUGUCGAAAAAGCUACUUCUGCUCCUGAAUUGGAAGAAGGCAUCGAGAAAGCCACAUCUGCCCCUGGAACUGAAGAUAUCGAAAAGGCUACUGGCGCUCCUGAAUCGGAAGAGGGAGUCGAGAAAGUUCCUUCCGCCUCAAGACCCGAAGAUAUCGAAAAAGCUACUGCUGUUCCUGAAGUCGAGGAACCCGAAGGCGUUGAGAAAACCACAUCCGCUCCUGGAAUUGAAGGUGUUGAACUGGCUACAACUAUCCCUGAUGCAGGAGCAAUCGAGAAAGCCACUGCUGUUCCUGAAGACGAAGAAAGUGAAAAGGCCACUAUUGCCCCUGAAGUUGGAGAUGUUGAUAAAACCCCAGCAGCUCCAAGUGUCGAUGAAAUUGAAAAGGUUACUGUCGCCCCUGCUGCUGAGACAGAAGAAGUCGAAGGAAUCGAAAGGACGACUGCAGGUCCGAUUUUGGAUGAGUUCGAAAGGACUACUACUCCCUCUGUUUCCGAACAUGUGGAUGAAUUCAAAAAGACCUCUGUUGCACCUGCUACUGAAGGUAUUGAAAAUGUUGUUACAACUUCUGCAGCUCCAACUGUCGAUGAAGGAUUCGAGAAGGCAACAGGCGUCACUCCCUUGGAGACUGGAGUUGUUGUGGAUAACGAGAAAGGUUCCCCUGUCGACGAAGAUCGGGAGGGUGUUACUAUUGUUCCUCGCCUGGACUUGGACCUUGAAGAGGCGACCGUUGCUUCUAUCGCGCCAGAAGGUAUGCAAGAGAUUGCAACACAACAUCCAGAAAUUAGUAAGACAAAAGCUUCCCCAGCUCCUGGUGUAAUAGCUGAUUUAGAAUCAGAGGAGGAAGGCGAAGGCUCCGUAGAAUCAGAGGAAGAAACUUCAACUAAACACACAGUACAGCACAUUGCCGAAUUUGUUACGGAUCAUGGCUUGCCAAGCACAACCGAAAGUGCAGUGAAACCAUCGAAAACUGAUGAUUUCGAAGCUUCAGGCGAGGAAGGGGAAAGUAUAGAGGAUAUUACAGUUAAACCUACCUCGGGACCACAAUUAAUUGGAGAAGACAUGGUUUCAGUCACGGAACCAGCCGAUACUAACAAGGAGUCAGUCACGGAGAAACCUGAAGAAGAAGAACAAAAACAAAAAGGUGAAGUCACCAGUGAAGCCAAACCUGAGGACAAAGAACAAUCAACAACAAUCAGAACUCAUUUCGAAGUCGGCGAAAUUACAACGGCUAAGCCUGAAAGCGAAAAACAAACGGAGGAAGAUCAAAUCACACCUUCCCCCGAAACUGAAGCUGAAGGAGAAAGACAACCAACAACGAUAAAACCUGGACUUGAAUCUGACGAGAAGAUACAGCCUCCCACGGCUAUUCCCGAACUUAAACCUGAAGAAGAGAAACAACAAGAAGCAGCUCAGCCGGACUCCGAGUUCGAGACAGGCGACGGAACACAACCCACGACACUGCAUCCUGAUGUCGUAGCUGGAGAAGAUUCGCAAGCAGCAACAACAGCCACUCCUGAAUCCGAAUCGGAAGAAGACAAAGAAUCCGAAUUGCCAGAAAAGAAACCCUCCGCCACAGCUGCCCCUGAAAUUACGACGGACGAAGAAAAACAAACAGUGACGGCGGAACCUGAAUCAGAGGGUCCUGAAACUCAACCUCAGGAAGAAAAACAAACAGUGACUACGAAACCAGAAGCAGAAGAAGAGAAAGGACAUACCACAGUAGCACCUGAUGUUGAAUCUGAAGAAGAGGAGCAACCAGAGACAUCUAAACCUGAAGGUGAAGCGGAUGAAGAGAAACAACCUGCCACAGCUGCCCCUGAAUCUGAAUCUGAUGAGAAACCACAACUAGCAACAGGCAAACCGGGUGAAGAAGCCGAAGACGAGAAACAAUCAGCCACAGCCGCCCCUGGAGCUGAGUCCGAAGAGGAAAAACAACCAGCGACUGUCAAACCGGAAGGAGAAGCGGAUGAAGAAAAACAACCUGCCACAACCGCCCCUGAAGCUGGGUCUGAUGAGGAAAAACAACCUGUCACAAGCGCCCCUGGAGCUGAGUCCGAAGAGGACAAACAACCAGCAACUGUCAAACCGGAGGAAGAAGCGGAAGAAGAGAAGCAAUCUACCACAGGCGCGCCUGAAGCUGGAUCUGACGAGGAAAAACUACCAGCAACAAUAAAACCCCAGGCCGAGGAAGAGAAAGAACAUAUCACAGUUGUCCCAGGAACUGAAUUUGAGGAAGAUCAACAAGCAGUGACGGCCAAGCCGGAGACUGAAACCAAAGAUGGAGAAAAGGAGGCUGUCUCAUCCACUCCAGUUUCUGAGGCCGAGGCCGACCUCCAACCAGCUACAGACAAGCCUACACUUGAAGCUGAAGAAGAGAAACUGGCUGUCACAGUUGCACCUACGGAUGAAACUGAAUUUAAGAAAGAACAAGGAGCAGUAACAGCAACUCCUGAAACUGAAUCUGAAGUUGAAGAACCACUAGUUACAAUCAAACCUGCAUUCGAAUCUGAAGAAGGCAAACGUCCAACAACCGAAAAACAAGAAGCCUCCGCAGAGGUCGCCAUCAGUUCUACCGAGAAGACCUCAGCCGAGCAAACAGAUGUCAGCACAGAGGAAGAAAAGGAAAGCAUCGCAACAACAGUUCACCCACUAUUCCCACACAUUGGCACAACACUGCCAACACCAGCGAUCGACAGCCGGAUCGACAUCGCUAAUGCAACAUCACAACCCGAACUUGCAACAGAAACAACAACGCCGACAAAUCUCAUCAGCAGCGAUGUGCUCAUUACCACACAGCCAACAAUCACACACUAUCCACCACCAGCACCUGUAUACGGUCAGUAUCCAUCCUAUAACGAUGAAUAUCCCGACGAAGACGAGUCAGAAGUAUUCGGUCCUGGCACUUGCCGUUAUGGCGGCAAACUUUACGUCUCAGCGCAGCAAAUACCACGAGACGAUCCUUGCGAUUUCUGCUUCUGCUUCAGAAGUGACAUCAUUUGCUUGCAACAAUCUUGCCCGCCACCAAUUUCCGGCUGUCACGAAGAACCUAUCUCGGGCUUCUGCUGCCCACGAUACGAGUGUCCCGUGUCGAUGGCAACCGUACUGAAUAUCACCACCAGUACGACAACGACGAGCACAACACUGCCGCCACAUUUCCUGCAUCACUCAUAUGGCGGAGCGGUGCAACGAAAUGGCUGCCUAAUCAAUGGCAGAUCGUACAAGGUCGGCGAGAAGAUCGAAUCGACGAGCGGUCCAUGCAUCAAUUGCACUUGCGGUGGCGAUGGAAAAAUGAAAUGUGAUCCUCAGGCGUGCGUGCCCGAACCGACGAUGCAGCAAGUGAUGGCUGUCGUUGCGACCGGCAGGAAAAGAUGAAAUAAUCGCUAAGCAUAAACGCUUACAAAUACAACACAGCAGAUACAAUCACACUACUCACAAUUAAAAACCAAGAAAGACUAGUGAACAAAAAGAAUCUGCAAUCCCGGUGCCAAAACCACAAUGAAAUAUUACAAGUACAUACAUAUAUGAAAAUAUUGUAGAGGAAGAGAAAGUUGUAGAAGAAAGCGAUAAUUGCAUGCAAAGUUUUCGAGGGAAAAAUGAGUUAGGCACGCACACAUACAUACAUGCAUACAGACAUAUCGACGUGUGUGUUGUUGUUAGUGGGGCUCCUUUUUUUCUUUGAAUGCAUACACCCUUAUUAAUUAUACGAUAUGAUGCCGAUGAUGAUAAUGAUAAUGAUGACGUAGAUGUAAACUAAACAUAUUUAUAUAAAAAAAAAAAUCAGCUAGCAUACGAGCAAACAACCAGUGAUAUUGUGCUGUAUACCUAGUAUAGGUGCAAUUAACAAUUUUUGUAAUUAAGGACGCACUUACUUAAGCGAACUUUUUCGUUUGUAAUUUUGUAAUUGUAAAAAAAAAACAAAAAAAAACAAAAAAACAGAAUAGGAAACAAAAAAA